AUGAGCUGGAAGUUUUCUCCCUAUGGGCUGGUCUUCACAGUGUCCAAAGAUGCCGCCUUCACAGUGCCCAAAGAUGCCGCCUUCACAGUGCUGAAAGAUGCUAUGCAGACUGCUGUGACUCAGUGGCUUGAAAGCUACAGUGCCAGUCAGAAGAUGGAGACUGCUCUCCUCCAGCUGAGAAGCAUUCCAUGGAUGAAACCCAGCUCCAUUUUUAUGCACAUAGACUGGAUCUUUUAUGUUGUGUGUGGAGUGGGGCUCUUCCUCCUACUAAUCCUCCUCCUGAAGACUUACCCAGUGUCACCAUCACCUGGGAGUGGAGAGAACACCCCGAAGGCAAAGAGAGAGACAGGUGAUGAGGAGAGGAGAGAGCAAGACCAGGAAGAUAGAUGCUUCUGCAAAAGCCCCAGCAAGCAUCCUUUACUGGACUCCACACCACAAGCCUUUUGGAACUCUAAUGAGAAACUGGAUCAGCUUCCUCUCCCUCAGCUGCUGUCUUACCUCAAGUUCUUGGAGGAUCUUAUGCAGCAGAAAUUUAGCAGGAUUUCCUGGGGCAUGUCCACCAUGCUCUCUGAGUCAGUGGUGGCUACUGCCUGGGUCUCCAAGAGACCCUGCUCUAAAACCGUGAGGUUCAGCGAUUCUUGUGGCCCUUUCCCAGAUCUACCCAUGGCUCAAGGACCUUCCAAGAUUUCUCAGGCCCAGCCAUUGCCCCACCAACUUUUGAAACCAAGAUUGGCAUGUAUGACAGAGGCUCAGACACUGAACAACCUCCCAAGCUCUACACCAAACCAAUUACUUUCUUCAUCUACAAGUAGAGCCCAUGUAAAAGCAGGUUCUACCAAUAGAACAGAGAUACAGGCAUCCCUCCUGACUGAAAACCAGCCCUGGCAGCAGGAUCUGGAGUGGAAAGACACCAUAGUUUCUAAUAUCCAAACAUGCCAAACAGACAUUAGCCAGCCUACUCACAACUUCCCUGGGGACACCCUGCCCACUGAACCAAUCAGCUCAGCCUCCAUCCUUUCUGGACAUCCUCAGUUCCUCCAGCACCAUGAGGAGUCACGGAGUGAAUACAGGGUGACUGAGGUGAGAGAACAACAUGGCUCCCCAUCCAGGUUCCUCCCAUCCCAGGAACUGACACAGCUGCAGGGACAUUUCCCAGCAAACAGUCCUUUCCAGCCCAAGGACAAACCUGACCUCCCCCAGCCUGCCCAGCCUUCCAUCAACUCCAAAAGCCACAAGUUGAUGGGGUCUGUGCCCUCGGGGAUGCCCUUAAAGGAGGGCCCAGGAAAACACGACCCCAUCAAGGAGGACCUCGGUUUUAAGGCCAAAGACUUGCCUUGCACUUCAAGCAGCCGCCCUGGGAAGGGCUUGAAACCCAGAAACCCUGCACUGAGGACAGACCAGUGGUUCAAUGUGAACACCACCCAGGACCUUUCCUUCCUUGACCCUAAAAUCCAAAGGAAGCUGGAAUCAAACAUCAUGCAGCUUCAUGUGAAACGCAGGUGUAGACCACAUCUCUACACUCUUUCUAAGGCCGAGUGCUAUUCCAAAGCUGCCAUGAUCCUGGAAAAAUUGCAUCACCGAGAUCCAGGAGGGUCAAGGGUAGAAACUGUGCCAGCUGCCAGGCUGCAGAGUCCUCUGUUUGCACACUCACCUUCAGAGGUUCAGGAGAUGCAAAGAGCCACUCCACCAGCUGCCAGUUAUGGGCCCUCCAAGGCCCAUCCAGUUACACUGCACAGCUACCUGAGCACUGAGACCCAGGCUUUCUGCUUCCAGGCAAGAACCCAGCCAAGCAGGACUGUCCGAGGGACUGGAAGAGGCAUCCUGCACACAAGUACCAGCCCAAGAAUGCCCACACAUGCACCAUGGAACAGGUUUGAGAAUGUGGUCUUAGGACAUCCCUGCUGGAAUGUGACAAUGCUGGGCCCUCAAGAAAGGGUCCCACCUUCAGUGGCCAAACAAACCAAUAGAUCAGAGGAGAAAGAAGAGAGACCUCCUGCCUGGAAAGUGAGUUUGGGAUCCAUGGAGAUUCCCAAUGGCCAAGCCAUCAAUAUCCAUCUCACGGACUUUGAGUCUACAGAGGCCAAUAGAAGCUCAGGCCAGUUCCAAACACCUACUCUACAGCACUCAGGAGUCUCAGCUCUAAAAACACAAGUAUGUAGUGAGGUUGACUUCACAUCAAGUAAGCAGCCACAGGUCUGGCUUGUGGACCACUGUCCAGACAUCCCCAGUUCAGUAAGAUUGCCUUCAGAGCACCUGCUUCCUAGCUUCCAGCAUAGACCCAAAAUACUCAAGACCUCCCAGGGCCUAGAUGACGUCUUUGUGAGGAGAGAUCAGAUCCAGAAGACCCAGGACUUCAGAGUUCCCAAAGACAGCAUUCAAGCAAAGAAUCACAGGGUGUUUCAUCCCAGUGACGAGAGGAAGGAGUUUGUGGGAUCUAGAGCCACAUGCCAGGAAGAAAGGUCAGGGAGCAGGAGGCCCUCUACCCUGAGCUCCACCCUCUUCAAGGAUGCAGCCAUGACUGAGUGUCAGUCCUCCCUUGACAUGCCAGGAAAAAGUCAGGAUCCUCUGGAUAGAUAUCUGAAGAAAAUCAUAAGGCAUGUUCUACACUAUCUCAGCCUCAACCCAAAAGACAAGGGGGUGGAGGACCUCCUGAAGAAUGAACGCUCCCCACCAGCUAAUGUGACGACCCAGGAGUCAGUCACAAGAGAAAAACUCAUCUACAGUAUGGCAUCUGAAGUCCAAUACCUCAUGAAUAUUGUGGUACAGAUCCUGGUGAAGUGGCUGGGCCUUAAAGUAGGGGACCUACCAGAGGCACAAUGGUGUAAAGUGGAACCACUGACACCCCAAGUGGGUGACUCUCGCCACUCUUCUGCAGGUCUCUAUGACUCAAAGAAUAGAAGACCAACGAGAAUCAUGAGCUCUGGUGACACCAGCCCCAAGAGUCACAGCCAUCCAUUCACAUACAAGGGAAUCAGAGAUAAACGUCAGUUGGUUGCCAGUGCCCAUAGAGUCUGUGAUCAGCAUCAGAACAGAGGGAAGAUGGGAAUGGGCUAUGGCCAAGUCCCCACUCCCCAGGGGAACAGCCGUCCGUGUAGGUACAGGGGAAUUGCAGACAAGCCGCAGUCACAUGCUGCCUCCCAGAGAGCCUAUGCCUCAGAUUCUAUCAUAAUGAAGAGAGGAAUGGGUUGCUGUCCACAUUCCAGCACCAAGGGUCACAACCCUCUAUUUAUGCACAGAGAUAUCAGAGACACACAGCAAUCAGGAAUUGUCUAUAGAGCCUCUAACUCGCAUCAAAGUACAAAGAAAGGAGUGGGCUAUGGCCACCUCAUCAGGACCAAAGAGAACAACCAUCCAGUCACAUACUGGGGGACUAGAGACAAGGAGCAGUCACAUGCUGCUGGCCAGAGAGCUGGUCACCCCAGAUGCACCUCACCAGCAUAG